GCUGUUUAGACAUAUUAGAUAUUGUUGUCUGAUUCAUGUAUUUGUUAGAAACCAUGAAUUCCAGCACUUGUAUUGGAAUUUCAACCAUGAGACCCUGUUGUAGAAUCCUAAUUAGCUAUAGAAGCUCUUUGAUUUAUGGGUUUUCUUCCCCCAAAUCAAAUCAUUCAGCUUUCCACAAUUUGUCGAAAUUACAAGCUAGGUCCAUUGAUAACAGUAGAUUUCACUUGUAUGGUUACAAUAAGGCACAGUCUGUGGGGUAUACUUGUGUAGCUGACCCGAAUCAGAGGGCAUUUAGUGUUUCUGGUUCGAAUUGGGGUCAAUCUAGGGUUUUUUCAAGUAGUUUCCGUGUUGAUGGAGGUAGUUCUAGGGGGGUUUUAGUGAUAUCGAAUGUAGCUUCGGAUUUUAGGAACCAUUCGACCUCGGUUGAAGCUAAUGUUGGUGAGAAGGGCUUUGAGAGGAUUUACCUUCAAGGAGGGUUGAAUCUAAAUGUGAAGCCUUUGGUCAUUGAGAGGAUUGAGACGGGCAGUGAGGUGGUGAAGGAAGAUAAUUCUGGGGUACAGGUUGAUGAGUCGGGUGUAAAUCUAGACGACUUGAGGGGUGUGAAUUUGAAUGAGAAGGUGGUUGAGAGAGAGUUGUCAGAGAUUGAGAAAGAAGCAUGGAAUUUGCUUCGUGGUGCAGUUGUGACGUAUUGUGGGAAUCCAGUGGGGACUGUUGCAGCCAAUGAUCCAGCUGACAAGCAGCCGCUAAACUAUGAUCAGGUGUUUAUCCGUGAUUUUGUGCCUUCGGCACUUGCUUUUCUGCUUAAUGGAGAAGGGGAGAUUGUGAAGAAUUUUCUUCUUCACACAUUGCAGUUACAGAGUUGGGAGAAGACUGUGGACUGCUACAGCCCAGGGCAAGGGCUGAUGCCAGCAAGUUUUAAAGUCAGGACUGUCCCUCUUGAUGGAAGUGAUGAAGCAUUUGAAGAAGUUUUAGAUCCUGAUUUUGGUGAAUCAGCCAUAGGGCGUGUUGCACCAGUUGAUUCUGGGUUGUGGUGGAUUAUUUUGUUGAGGGCAUAUGGAAAGAUCACAGGUGACUAUGGACUACAAGAGAGGGUGGAUGUCCAGACAGGCAUUAGGCUGAUCCUUAAUUUGUGUUUAAGUGAUGGGUUUGACAUGUUUCCUACUUUGUUAGUUACUGAUGGUUCCUGUAUGAUUGAUAGACGGAUGGGAAUUCAUGGUCAUCCUCUUGAAAUACAGGCCUUAUUCUAUGCUGCUCUCCGUUGCUCCCGUGAGAUGCUGAUUGUGAAUGAUGCAACCAAGAAUUUGGUAGCAGCUGUCAACAACAGACUCAGUGCACUCUCAUUUCAUAUUAGAGAGUAUUACUGGGCUGACUUAAGGAAAAUAAAUGAGAUUUAUCGUUACAAGACGGAGGAAUAUUCCACUGAUGCCAUUAACAAGUUCAAUAUCUAUCCAGACCAAAUUCCUUCUUGGCUGGUGGAUUGGAUUACCGAUGAAGGCGGUUACUUCAUUGGCAACCUACAACCUGCUCAUAUGGAUUUUAGGUUUUUCACCCUUGGAAAUCUUUGGGCCAUCGUUUCCUCUUUGGGGACUCAGAAACAAAGUGAGGGUAUUCUGAAUUUGAUUGAGGCGAAAUGGGAUGACCUUGUAGCUAGCAUGCCUCUUAAGAUUUGUUACCCUGCUUUGGAGUAUGAGGAAUGGCAUAUUAUUACGGGCAGUGACCCAAAGAAUACCCCCUGGUCGUAUCACAAUGGUGGAUCUUGGCCAACACUUUUGUGGCAGUUUACAUUGGCCUGUAUCAAGAUGGGGAGGCCAGAAUUGGCACAAAAAGCAGUUGCUUUGGCAGAGAAGAAGUUGGCAGUGGAUCAAUGGCCUGAAUAUUAUGACACAAGAAAUGGGAGGUUUAUAGGCAAGCAAUCCAGACUUUUCCAGACUUGGACAAUUGCUGGAUUCCUUUCCUCAAAGAUGCUGCUGGAGAACCCUGAGAAGGCAUCCCUGCUGUUCUGGGAGGAAGAUUAUGAGCUUCUUGAGACUUGUGUUUGUGCCCUUGGCAAGACUGGUCGAAGGAAGUGUUCACGCUUUGCUGCGAGAUCCCAGAUUCAAAGUCAGUAAUAGGUACUUUAGAGGGCUUGCUCAAGCAUGUAGCAAGCAUGGCAGGGAAGCGACUCUGCUUCAUGACAUGACAUAUAGACAUAGGUAACCUACUAGCAAGGAUGGACCUCAUACAUAACGGGAAAUAUAGACUUAUUUGUUAUAUAUCAUUUACUAAGUGACUGAUUCUGUUUAGAUGGCCGGGGUUUUUGGUGAGCCACUAACAUAUUUGUAUGGUUAUGUGCCUGAGGAGUGAACAAUAUGAUUACAUUAGUUAUAUAUCAUUUGAAUAACACACCUUGUACUUAGAUGAUUUUACAUUUUGUCGAUGCCUGUCAUGUUAAUGUUCGG